CUAUCCAGAUAGAGCUUCAGCGGUUUUUCAGCGCUAUAUCGACGGUAGACGCCUCAAAGCUGGCGACUGGAAGUGGCAUUGGAAGCGGAAGCGCCGCCAUGCGCCCGGACGACCUAAGCACCCUUGAGGUUCUAGACGAGAACACCUUGGUUCGGGCACUGAGAGGGCGGUUUCAGGAAGGGGAGUUCUACACCUAUAUCGGGGACAUUCUGGUGGCUGUCAACCCAUGCAAGCCUAUACCUCUGUAUGAUGAAAAGCACAACGAGAACUACAAUGGAUUGCGGGUGCGAGCCUCUAUGCCGCCGCAUCUGUUCUGGGUGGCGGACGAAGCGUACCGGGAACUGCAGGGGACGCAGCGGAACCAGGUCAUACUGGUGUCGGGUGAAUCGGGCGCCGGCAAGACCGAGAGUACCAAGUACAUGAUCCGACAUCUCAUGUUCAUCAGUCCAAGCAAUGACUCUAAGCUCCUUGAUAAAAUAGUACAGGUGAACCCGUUACUGGAGGCCUUCGGUAACGCAGCCACCGUCAUGAACGGUAACUCCAGUAGGUUCGGGAAGUUCAUAGAGCUCUCGUAUACGGAGGAUGGAACGCUACUCGGAGCAAAGAUCGACGACUACAUUCUUGAAAAGUCACGUGUCGUCCAUCGCAGCACGGGCGAGAAGAAUUUCCACGUGUUCUACGCGCUGUUCGCGGGCAUGUCACGUGAGCGCCUCCUCUACUACUUCCUGGAGGACCCGGAGUGUCACAGGAUCAUGCGUGACGCCGACCCAGCCCUGGGAGUGUUUCGGGACCCGGAAGAGUUCCAGUAUUACCGGGAUAUGUUCCACAACCUCACGGAAAUCAUGACCGACGUGGGAUUCUCUGAUGAGCACAUUACGCUGAUCUUCCUGAUCCUGGCUGGCAUCCUGCACUUGGCGAACAUCGUGUUCAUGCCCUGUGAGGACACGGACGGUGUCAGCGUGGUGGACGAGUACCCGCUGCACGCCGUCGCCAAGCUGCUGGGCGUCGAGGACGAGGUCCAGCUCACAGAGGCUAUGAUCUCUACCGUCAGUCAUAUCAAAGGGGAGAGAAUCCAGUGCUGGAAGAACCUCCGGGAGGCGAACGACAGCCGUGACGCCCUGGCCAAGGACCUGUACUCGCGACUUUUCGGCUGGAUCGUCGGCCAGGUCAACCGUAACCUGUGGCCCAGCCGAGACGCCAGGUUGUUAUCACGUGGCGCGUCUAUCGGGCUGCUGGACAUGUCCGGCUUUGAGAACUUCCCAACCAACGGGUUCGAUCAGUUCCUCAUCAACGUGACCAAUGAGAAGCUGCAGCAGUACUUCAUGGACAACAUCUUCCCGCGCGAGCAGACGGACUACGAGCGCGAGGGCAUCACGUGGCGCAACAUCAGUUACCAUAGCAACGAGGAGACGCUGGAGCUGAUUUUCAAGAAACCUGAAGGAAUACUACGGCUUCUUGACGAGGAGUCGAAUUUCCCGCAGUCGACGGACGCCACAUUGGUGCACAAGCUCAAGAACUACUGCUCCCCAAACAAGCGUUUCGUAGCCCAGAUGGGUGACGCAUGCGCGUUCGGAAUAAGACACUUCGCUGAGCAGGUGACGUACGACGCAGGCGGCUUCCUGGAGCGCAACCGAGACAAUCUGAGCCAGGACCUGAUUGCAUGUUUCCUCAACAGCAAUCACGACUUUAUCCGAGAUCUCUUCACAGCCGAUCGGUCAGAGACGGGAACCAUUUCCGAGUACGCAAGACAUAUAAACAGUCGCGCCAAAUUGCCGACAGAAUGGCCGUCGGCGAUCGAUCCUCGCCUGUUGACUGAGUCUGUGUCCCGAAAAGCGUCCCUUAGGAUCAAGAGAAAGCGAAGCCUCUCCGGGGACACACUCGACACCCUGACCGGAAGUCGCUCCACUCCCACCGUCACCAAGCAUUUCAAGAAAUCACUGAUUGACUUACUGGAGAAGCUAAAUGUUGCCCAACCAAUUUUUGUGAGAUGCGUGAAGCCCAACCAUUAUCUGACCGCAGACAAGUUUGACAGCGAGCUGGUGCGCAGGCAGUUGCUAUGUAACGGCUUGAUGGAGCUCGCGCAGCUACGUCGUGACGGGUACCCUGUCCGAAUCCUGUUUGAAGACUUCAUGUCAAGAUAUGGCGUUUUAAAUGAGAAUCAGGACGAUGAAGCAGGCGCCCGUGAUCUCGUGACUGGUAUCCUGGCAACGGCCGAAGUGCAUGGUUAUCAAGUAGGCAAAACUAAGGUUUUCCUGAAAGCGUGGCAGAAAGAGGAACUCGAAAUAAAACUUGAAGAAAAGGUAGCACGGCGGCAGGAAGACGAGCGACGGCAGCUGCAACAACAACAACACGAAGAGAUGGAAAAGCUCGAGCGACGGCGCGCCUCCCGAGAGUCGGUGCUGACGAUGACGACGGAAUCGACCGGGCCCCUGUCGUUCAGCACGCCUCGUCGCUCAGUGGACAGCGGCAUAGUAGGUUACACGGACACUGACGCUCUUUUAAAGGAGAAAUUAUCUCGCCUUCGCAAAAGCGAGGACGGAAUCCUCGAAAGUAUCGGAAAAUCCGGUAAACGACCGGCUCCUGCUCCACCGAGCCAAGAUGGCGGCGACAACAACAGCAUCCCUCCAAAACGGCAGACGUCACAGACGUCGGACGACGUGACAACGUCAUACGAAUCGGAAGGGUCGAACGACCAAUGGCGUCCAUACGACAUUUUCCAAGUGUCGGAACGUGAGUUCGAGGAGAAUGACGCCAUUUUCAAGGAGAUCAUGAAGUUGGUCCGUCUUCUGCUGUACAUACUCAUGUUCUUCGCCAUCCUUGGAGGGGCUGUAUUCAACCGGUUGUCGCUUCUUCUGCUGGUCUCCGGCUUGAACAAGGACGAGGAAACACGUGGCGAGCACGUGACCGCCCUGCUGUUCUGUAUGUGUGGCCCGUUGGCUCUGAAUUGGUUUACUUCACUGAUGAAGACGUUAUUUGGCGGGAAAGAGUGGCCCACGGUUAAAACGUUCCUCAUUCUGUUGGUCGUGGAGUGCACUCAGGGACUAGGGGCGUGUCUCCUCAUGUUCCGGGUACUUCCGGCGACGGAUAUCUUUCGCGGGAUCAUCAUGACCUUCGCCGUCAUCACCGUUCCCAGCCUACUCAAGGUCAUAGUGCGGGAGAAGCGGCCUAACCCGAGCCUGAGUGAAAUCGUCGGCAUUAUCAUGACAGUCCUGGCGUUCCUGAUACAGGUCGGAGCGCUUCCCUUCUUCGUCAAAAGCUCGUUUUCGAUGACCGGAAACCACACGAUGAUGGAAGGAGUCAACUCUACGACCUUCAUGCAGACGGAUAUCAAGCUGCUUCACGACAUUGAAUGGGAGCUGCCACUUGGCCUGCUUCUCUUCUCUGUCGGUUACUGGGAAAACUAUGUCUCCGGUGACUGGACAAUUUUCGGUAAGAUUCACAUCCCGUUUAAGCAGUGGCGAAGAAUCCUGCAAGAGUCAAGGGACACAUCCGCGAUUCUCGUCUAUCCGUGGAAGAUCGGCUUCAUGGUUCUAUUGUCCAGACUGCUGACGCUGAACACCGACUUUCGUCUACCCGACUCUUCCAUUACAGCCGACAACAGUACCGAAAGAACCAACAAUAUCGUGGAGCAUUUCCAUUCGUACAGCUUGAUGUACAUUCAAAUUGGAACGGGCAUUGUUAUCACCUACCUUUCUGGUUUAGCUUGUAAGCUACACAUGCAACGCGUGGCUUUUUCUCUGUCAAUUAUCCUAGCUCCGCCACUCGCACUCACGAUCGUUUAUCUCCAGUGCACGUUUCAAUUUCUGCCGGCGCACUGGCACAUGGGAGGCUGGUUCUGCCCUUCCGGAGGCUUUAAGGAUCUGAUCGCCCCGAUCGUUUGCGCGGCGGCAUUGUGGAUUUCCUACAUAAUCACCACGUCACACAUAUGGUUUCCACAGAGCGAACGAAUGGCAAAACUUGAAAAAUUAUUCAUUACGCCGCAUUUCGAAGGGAUUUUCCCUGACUUUACACUGACUCUCAGACGACGAAGGAACGACAAAGAAAUAAGGUUGACUGGUUUCGACACUUUCCGCUAUGUUGGAGAAGAGAGUUACGAGGAGGGUAUAUUCCAGUCAAAACCAAAUGUGAUUCCGCAGAUAUACGCAUGCGCAACAAUGUGGCACGAGACCCGACAGGAAAUGACGCAGUUAUUAAAGUCUAUGUUUAGAUUGGACUAUGGACACUGUGCGAGUCGCUUGGCUCAAGAGAAGUUCAAAAUCAAGGACCCUGAUUACUAUGACCUCGAGAUUCAUAUCAUUUUCGACGAUGCGUUCGAACUCAAUGACGACGUUGACAAGUUCGUUCCGAACCACUUCGUGAAAACACUGAUGGAAUGCAUGGAGGAUGCGGCAAGGUCCGUGGUGAAGGGCCCCAUCAUUAUAUCCCCGCCGGCCAAGUACGUGACCCCGUACGGAGGCCGCCUCGUCUGGACGAUGCCUGGCCACACCAAGAUGGUUGCACACGUUAAGGACAAGAACAAGAUCCGCCACAGGAAACGGUGGUCUCAGUGCAUGUACAUGUACUACUUGCUGGGGUACAGGCUGUUUGGAGCCAAGGACAGCGACAAGGCCUUCACAGACGAGUCAGAAAUAGAGAGCCGCAUGUCGAAGGCUCGAAACCGCAAGAAGGGAAAGUCCAAGAAAGAAAAUCUCUCUCGCCCAAUCAAAUCGCUCUUCAACAAAAUGGACACUGAAACCUACGAAAAAGCUGAAAACACGUUUAUAUUGACUUUGGACGGUGAUGUGGACUUCAAACCCGAAUCAGUAAAACUGUUGGUGGAUCGAAUGAAGAAAAACAGAAAAGUGGGCGCUGUUUGCGGUCGCAUUCACCCUAUUGGCUCUGGUCCGAUGGUCUGGUACCAGCAGUUCGAGUAUGCGGUCGGUCACUGGCUGCAGAAGGCCGCUGAACACGUGUUCGGAUGCGUGCUGUGCUGCCCCGGCUGCUUCUCGCUCUUCCGGGGCUCUGCACUCAUGGAUGACAACGUCAUGAAGAUGUACACGACCAAGCCUACGGAGGCCCGUCACUACAUUCAGUUCGAACAAGGUGAGGAUCGUUGGUUAUGCACACUACUUCUCCAACAAGGACAUCGAAUUGAUUACUGCGCAGGCGCGGAUGCGUUAACCUUUGCACCGGAAACGUUCAACGAAUUCUUCAACCAGCGUCGUAGAUGGGCGCCCUCUACCCUCGCAAACAUGAUGGACCUGUUGUCCUCAUGGCACGACACCGUUCGAAUCAACGACAAUAUCAGCAGACCGUACGUCCUAUACCAGUUCAUUCUGAUGGCGUCCACCAUCCUGGCUCCGUCGACAGUCAUCUUGAUGAUUACUGGCUCCUAUCAUUCGGUACUCGGCCUUGAUAUCUGGCCGUCUUACUUCCUGUCGAUCCUUCCGGUUGCGAUAUACAUCACGAUCUGCAUGACAAUGAAGAACGAUCAUCAGAUCACGGCUGCGGCGGUUUUCAGUGCUAUCUUCACAAUCAUCAUGAUGAUAGCUACAGUGGGUACUAUUAUCAGUAUCGUCACGGAAAAUUUCGGAAGCCCCAACGUCGUGUUUCUCACUGGGUUGGUUGUCAUAUUUUUGAUAGCUGGUAUCCUGCAUCCCCAGGAGUUUUUCUGUUUGGUCUACGGUUUGCUGUACUUUUUGACGGUACCGUCAACGUUCAUUCUCCUCACGGUGUACUAUCUGUGUAACCUGAACAACGUCUCAUGGGGUACUCGAGAAACGCCGAAGAAGCUCACCAAAGAAGAAGAGGAGGAAAGAAAAAAGGCAGACGAAGAGAAGAAGAAGAAGAAGGAGAGUAGAUCUUUGCUCAAUAGAUUGGGUCUGCAUAAGCUCGUCAUGGAUGCAAGACAGCUCAUUCAAACGAUGAUGGGAAUCAAGACUGAGAAAAAGGAGACAUCGGUAGCAGCGGUUCAGACAGAGGAAAGUAAGCCUCCAACACCUAUCCUAAAGGAACGGUCCAUUCGCUAUGACAGACAGGCAAGCAAACCAGUAACUAUCGUCGAUGACGUCACACCGACUGGUUGGGAGGCGAACCCUGAACGGCCAUACUGGACCCACCUAGAGUACUUAGGCAACGGUAAGCUUGAGAAAUUAGACGAAGACGAAGUCGAGUUUUGGAGAUUCAUCAUUAAAAAAUACCUACACCCCUUGGACGAGGAUAAAAGCCACAAAGAGAAGAUUGCCGACGAUUUGAAUCAGCUCAAGAACAACGUUGUUUUUAUCUACUUCAUGAUCAAUUUCCUUUGGACGGUUAUCACUUUACAGCUCCAGACGAUGGAGGACAAGCUUAAAGAUUUUUACGUCAUUCAAAAAUACGAACCGCUGUCGCUUAUGUUCCUUUCCAUCUUCGCUUUCUGUAUCACUUUACAGUUCAUCAGCAUGUUUGUUCACCGAUGGGGAACGUUUCUGCACCUCAUGUCCAGCACGCGGAUCGACUGGUUCAAGAACGCUUCCACCGAGGAAGACUUUGUACGAUUCGUUGUAGCUGAGGCUCAGCGUCUUCAGCGCAUGGAACCAGCACCGGACUAUGAUGAGCUUCCGCCUGAUUACGACGAGGACGAGGGAGAGGAUGAAGAGGUCGCUGGAUCUAUGACGCCAGUCAGCGAAGACCACUACAACCAAAUUCAACGCACGGCGCAGUCAAUAAGACAAAACAGUCAAGAAAACAGGCGUACUAUGAAAAGACGCAACACGUCGACGCAUUCAAACGCUACAGACAUUCCUCUGUUGCAGCAGAUAUUCGAAGACAGACUAGAAAACAUUCACCGAAAAUGGAAGCAGGGCUCGCUCGCGUUCCGCAAUAAUCGUCUUCCAAGCGGAAAAAUUGAAAGAGCCGACAGCCAUAGGUUUUCGAGUAAGCUUAACGACAUGCGACAACGUAUGUACAGAAGAAGCUUCAAGAGAGAGUCAAGUACUAGCGGGUCGAGUGGCAUUGGUAACGGCCGAUUAACCGGUGUCGUUGUCGAAACUUUGUGAUAAAAGAUUGUACGUUUACACCUUAAGUUUCGAAUUAGAAACUGUGUUAUGACUUUAAUGAACGGCUUAUGCGUUCAUCGUUAGCCCGUAGAUUACUGGGCCGAUUUCCUGGCGUCGUAAUAGACGCCUUGUGGUGGUUUUAAUGGACGGUUUAAUAUUUUAUCAUGAGCUAGUUCUACGCAAGUCUUGAUAUUCUGCAUUGUGAAUUCAGAUGUCUUUCUAAUAAUGUUAUCAGCGAAGAACAAAUUCAACAAACGGUUAAGUCUACAUUUAUAUGAUAAAACAGUCAAGAUGACGGGCACACUAUGAAACGCCGUGUGCAUUGAAAUGUUUUCGAGUAAGCUCAACGAAAUGCGAAAGGAAAAGCUUUAAGAAAAAGGGUAACAGCUAUUCGAGUGUAAUAAGUAAGGUCGGUUGACUUGCGUCGUAGUAGCAACUGUGUGAUUGUGUCGUAAAACUCUUUAUACGUGGAGUUUCGAAUUAGAAACUUUACAGUGAUUUUAACCCAUGUAUGCCUAGUGUCUAAAAAAAGGCCUUGGCAAACAGCGUAGACCCAGAUGAGACGCCGCAUGAUGCGGCUUCUCAUCAGGGUCUGCGCUGUUUGCUUAAAGGGAAAUAAAUUGAUCCAAUGUAGAAGGAUGGGAGACAGUCCACUAAGCAUAAAUGGGUUAAACAACGGUUUAUCCUUUGAACAUGAGCCAGUACCGUAGUUAAUUGGCCAAGCGCAUUACGUCUUUAUUGAUUCCUUGUGAUGUUUUAGUGUACAGUUUAUACGUUUUUCACUUGCCAGUUCUACGUACGUCUAGAUAUUCUACGCUGGGAAUGUAGAUAUGAAUGUCUUUCUGUUGAUGUGAUUGUUAAUAUUUACAUUAACAUUAUUGCCUGUAUGUUUAAAGCUUAGUCUUAACUUAAUAAUUAGUUGUAUGUGUAGAAUGAUUGCAUAUAUUAGUAGGUUCUUUAUUUGAAUAUUUGAUCGAUACAUGCUCAUUUUAUUGUUUGUUCUGAAUUAUAUUGAUAACCGAUAAUCUAUGUAUAUAUUAUUUAUAGAUGUCUUUUCAUUAAGCUUCAAUGUGUGAAGUUAUUUUGUGAUGAAAUUAAUAACUG